AUGGAUCAAAAUGAACAUCCACAAUGGAAGAACAUACAACUCACACAGGUGAUAAGCCGCACAAAUGCGAAAUAUGCGGGAAGAUGUCAAAACGAAACACCCAACAUCCAAACAUUCAAGAGGACACAUCCGGAACAUGCGACUCACACAGGUGAGAAGCGGUUCAAAUGCGAAAUAUCCAAGAAAGAUUUUGUUGCGCCACCGAGCACACACAUGACGAGUCAUAAUCGCAAGAAGCCGUUCUUCUACUUGGAAUGCAAGACGAAUUCCACCUAUACAUCGAAUCUGCAUAGACAUAUGAGGAUUCAUACCGAUGAGAAGCCGUUCUCUUGUCCGAAAUGCAACAGGAGUUUCACCCAUGAAUGCAAUCUGCUUACACAUAUGAGGAUUCAUAUCGGUGAGGAGCCGUUCUCUUGUUCGAAACGUGGGAUGAAUUUCACCGAUCAAUUGAGUCGGCUUAGACAUCAUAUUGAUGAAAAACCGUGCACUUUGUUCUCUGUGUGA